ACAUUUGAUUAUACAUUAAGUGAGCGCGACACACACACAGUCACUGUUCUUUUAACCGUGGUCGACUCUGUGCUUUUAUUUUUUGCACCACAUAAUAUCCGGGCCAGUUCUGUUUACCUUGACGCAGCAGACUCACGUGAGAUUUAAUGAACUACAUAAAACAACAAUAACUUACUUACUAUAGCUCACUACGUCCCCUUAAAUAUUAUCUUGAUUUUUGCACAACCCACAACUUUUAUAUUCUUGCACAAUUUUGAUACCUUGAAAUAUCUAGAGUGAAAAAUAAAUUACAAAAUUAAAUUGACUGGAAGUAAAACCUAUUAUUUAUGAAAUUAUGAGAGCAUUAUCGUUGUAAUGUCACAAUUGCCUUGAUUGUUGAACCAGUGUCUAUUGUGUUUGCUUAAAUAUUAAACCGACUUCAUGAAGUUAAUGCUGUAAAAACACUGCUUGACUCGUUCGCACAACCAAAACUGCGUCACUGUUGAACAGAAUUCUUCACCGCAACCCUUUUAGCGACAUCUCGUGGACAUAGCUUCAAACUACAGUACAUUUUCAAAAGCGAAAGUGAAAUUUAAUCUGCGGACGUCCAUGCAGUUUUCCUGACCCACGAAGUAGCUUUACUUUAAGUAAAACAAAACAAAAAACAACAGAAGUGGAUCUCAGAACUGGAUAUAAACAACGCCAUAACCCUGAUACAUCGCUGUGUAUGAAGGAUAUUGGAUUUAUACCACUACGAUGGGACUACACACGAUGAUACACCUGUACCUUAUCGCAGUUCUUUGUGCGUCUUUGUCUGGUGCUGGUCCUGUUCCAAAAGGCUUCGUGGUUUUGGUCUCAUCCUCCCUCUCAGUGCACCAUGGUGAAACAACCACACUACCAUGCUGGCUCAAUCCAGCACAAAGUGCAGAGGGCCUGGAGGUACGCUGGUACCGUGGUGAUCACUUUGACUCUCCAAUCAUACAGAUUCAGCACAAAGGGGUUGAAUCCAUCGGAGAUUCCUACAAUGGCAGAGUCUCAAUUGGCCUCAAAGAUGCAGCAUCUGGUGGAGUGACAACAGGUGAUGUGAGCCUGAACCUGCGAGACGUCACAUUGGAGGACGCAGGGGAUUAUACUUGUUAUGUCAGCAGUGACCAGGAUUAUGACCGUGGAAGUGUCAGCCUCAAUGUGACAAAAACAGGAACCCGGCCUCUCCUGUCAGUGGUGUGGAUGGAGGAAAACUUGUUGAACAUGAGCUGUGAAUCUGAGGGCUGGUAUCCACAGCCAUGGCUGCGCUGGUCGGACGACAUGCGGAAUCUGACCCCGAAAAGUUUGCAGUACAGCAACGUCCAGGAAGCCUUCAGUCCAGUGUCAGUCCACAGCUGGCUGAUGGUCUCAGGCUUGUCUGAUGUUUCCUGCUCAGUAGGUUUCUCUGAUGAAGAUGUGAAGGAGGCAAGCGUGCGCCUGCAGGGAGUCCCUCCUCAACUUGCUAAAGGGGUGGCAGGAUGGGUGGCCUUCGCUCUCCUUCUUCUAGCCAUAUUAGUUUCACUUGGAGUUAUGUACUUCCUGUACUUCAGAAACAGAGUUUUCCAGAAGAAAAAGAAAUCUGGGAACUCUGACGCUGAGGAGAAUAAGAAACUUUUAGCAGGUGUUGAACCAAGAGGCUCAGAGAGGCUGAAAGAGGCUGAAACUCAUUACGAAAAUAUAACACUUCAGGAAAAAGAACAUCUGUUCCUCAAGAUCUCGAAUACUUUACUAAGAGACAAUGGUCAAGCAGCGCCUCAUGAUGGAAAAGAGGUAACCUGUCUCACAGCAAUCAAGGGAGCACCUGGCUUCAAUUCUGGACAACACUACUGGGAGGUUUCUCUGAAGAGAGAAAAUGUUGUAGUGAAAGAGUCCUGGUGGGUUGGGGUUACAAAUGCAGUUGACUUUCCUCUGCACUGUAAACUUCCUCCAAGUGCAUCUAGUGGCUUUUGGUUCCUGUCGUCUUCCCCUGACAGAGCAGACAGCCUCCAGGUUAGCUCAGAACCAAACGUUCUACUGCCUGUCCUCUCAAGGCCAAAGACAGUGGGCGUGUAUCUAGAUUAUGACAAAGGAGAGCUUUCCUUUUAUGAUGUGGAAGAAAAAAAUAUCAUUGGAUCCUUGACAGCUACAUUCACAGGCGAAGUAUUUCCUUUGUUCAAUCCCGGUAAAGGUGAUACUUCUCCUAUGGAGAUUUUACAGAGGACAACACAGGGUGAGGAAAUAAGAGCGUGUCAGUCUUAAUAUGAUCUGGAACAAAAAGGAGUUAAAGCAAUCUGUUUUAAAUGUAUAACAUUGUGCUUCGUAUCGUUCUGAAGGGAAAACGACAAUACAACACAAAAAAAAAUCACAAGUUUGAAUAAUAUGCCAUUUGUUAUGAUGUUAAAUUUUGCUCCACAAGACUGUGUUUUGGUGUCUGUGGGGACAUUUCAGCUAUGUAAGCAGUAAACCUAAAAUAUGGACCUAGAGUUGUCAUUUUACAAAGUUCUCCAGGCUCACCUGAAAAGUGGAGAAAGUCUGACAUCACUUGCUGCCUCCUGACCAGAAAAAACUUCCAUGAAAAGAUUCCUCUCAUCCUACUUCUGAUUCAAGUGGUGUGGCACAGAGGUGCAGUAGGUGAGGAUGUCUCACACACGUCUCUGUCACUCACUGCAGAAGCUCACUUCUGUUGUUAUUUUUGUCGUUUAAAAUCAGAAUGCAGCAUUGUUUGCUCGACCUUUGGCAGCUUUAGUCACGAUAUUGUGCUGACACAACCUUCAAAGGAUGAAAUUCGUUCAAUACCUAGACACAGAUCUUUGAUUUAAUUAUUGGGGGACAGUGAACUAUCCAUAAUGUCAUCGGCCCAACUCAUUAAUUGGUCUGAAUCUAGGAAACAUCUAUUAUUACAAAUUAUUUUGUCAAUUUUUAAAAGUACGCAACAUAUUCACUGUUUGUUGUAUUUGUUUUUUUGUGGCUGCUGCCUGUUUGGUUGUUGUAUAAAAUUCAUGUGUAAAACUAUGAAUUAUGGAAAAUUAAUAUUUGUGUGUGAAGUAGAUCUAACAGUAAAUGUAUAAACAAAAUAGUGUAUUUCUUGAUGUAUUUGAUAUUAUGUUAAUGUGUGUACUUGUGACAGUUUCACUCUGUCCAAUGUAAAACUCACUGCACACUCUAGUUUAAUAAAACACAGCAAAAUGUCAUACACUUUAAUAGGUACAGAUAGUAUUUACAAGUAUAUACACAAUAACACAAUACUAACUCUUGUCAUCACUACUGUGGGUACUUUUCAUAGAUAAGGUAGUAUUUACAUUGUGAAUAUGUUGAUUCUCAAAUAAAAUUUGUUUGGAAAAGUC